AUGGCGGAUAAUUCAGCAGCAGAAGCAACCCCUCCACCGUCAAUCGAUGGCAACACUCUCGUGGCCAAGUCACUAGCUCGUCUCGGCGUCACCCACAUGUUCGGCGUCGUGGGCAUCCCCGUCACGUCUCUAGCUAGCCGAGCCAUGGCUCUUGGCAUACGCUUCAUCGCCUUCCACAACGAGCAAUCCGCCGGAUACGCCGCCUCCGCCUACGGUUACCUCACGGGUCGACCCGGAAUCCUCCUCACGGUUUCGGGUCCGGGCUGCGUUCACGGGCUCGCGGGUCUCUCCAACGCUUGGGCUAACACAUGGCCGAUGGUGAUGAUCUCCGGUUCCUGCGAUCAGAGAGACGCCGGCCGUGGAGAUUUCCAGGAGCUUGAUCAGGUCGAGGCGGUGAAAGCUUUCUCUAAACUAUCGGAGAAAGCGAAAGACGUUCGUGAAAUCCCCGAUUGCGUCGCUAGGGUUCUGGAUCGAGCGAUCGCGGGUCGACCCGGCGGGUGUUAUCUGGAUCUCCCGUCUGAUGUAUUGCGCCAGAAGAUCUCGGAAUCAGUGGCGGAGAAUCUGGUGGCUGACGUCGAGAAAUCUCGUAAACGCGAACCAAUUCGGGAAACUCCGAGAUCGGAGAUCGAAUCGGCGGUUUCGCUGCUGAGGAAAGCGGAGAGGCCACUGAUCGUGUUCGGCAAAGGAGCGGCGUAUUCGCGAGCGGAGGACGAGCUGAAGAAGCUAGUGGAACUCACCGGAAUACCUUUCCUCCCAACUCCGAUGGGUAAAGGUUUGUUACCGGACUCACACGAGCUCUCAGCGACGGCGGCGAGGUCGCUUGCGAUUGGGAAAUGCGACGUCGCUUUGGUGGUUGGAGCUAGGCUUAACUGGCUUCUCCAUUUCGGAGAGUCACCGAAAUGGUCUAAAGAAGUGAAAUUCAUACUUGUAGAUGUCUCUGAGGAAGAGAUUGAGCUGAGGAAACCUCACUUGGGGAUUGCCGGAGAUGCAAAGAGAGUGAUUGGAUUGUUAAACAGAGAGAUAAAAGACGAUCCUUUUUGCCUAGGGAAGACUAAUCCAUGGGUGGAUUCGAUUUCAAAGAAAGCGAAAGAGAACGGCGAGAAAAUGGAGGCACAGCUUGGUAAAGAUGUUGUUCCUUUCAAUUUCUUGACUCCGAUGAGGAUCAUCAGAGACGCGAUUUCGGCGGUGGAAGGAAAGAGUCCUGUUGUGGUAUCAGAAGGAGCUAAUACGAUGGAUGUUGGAAGAUCGGUUUUGGUGCAGAAAGAGCCGAGGACGAGGCUUGAUGCAGGAACUUGGGGAACAAUGGGUGUUGGUUUAGGUUAUUGUAUCGCUGCUGCUGUUGCUUCUCCUGAUCGUCUUGUUGUCGCUGUUGAAGGAGACUCUGGUUUUGGAUUCAGCGCCAUGGAAGUUGAGACAUUGGUUCGGUACAAUCUUGCUGUGGUGGUUAUAGUGUUCAACAAUGGUGGUGUCUAUGGUGGUGAUAGGAGGAGUCCUGAAGAGAUCUCAGGUCCUCAUAAAGAAGAUCCAGCACCGACAUCGUUUGUGCCAAAUGCAGGCUAUCACAAGCUUAUUGAAGCCUUUGGAGGCAAAGGGUAUGUUGUGGAAACACCCGAUGAGCUGAAAUCGGCUCUCUCUGAGUCGUUCGCUGCGAGAAAACCGGCGGUGGUUAAUGUUAUCGUCGAUCCUUUUGCUGGUGCUGAGAGUGGGAGAUUGCAGCACAAGAACUAA